UAAUACGUUAUGGUGUGAAAUCGCACGCGUCGCCCAUUUCUUCUGGCGCGCCCGUGAUCAAACAGCUAGCGCCAAUCAAAUCCAUGAACCGCCCGCGUCGGCCCCAACCCCAGGCCAUCUCCACCAACACAACAAGCGAAGCACAUAUGAUAUGCCAAACCCCUCCCUCCAAUACAAAUUAUCUAUCAACUCCUCUGCAUUGCUGAUCAACGCCACGCCAUGGCUCCGCCGCUGCUCCUCUCGCUGCUGCUUCUCUUCCCCGUCCUCUCCACCGCCACCACCGUGCCGCUCUUCCGCAACUUCCCGCCCGUCCCGGACACCGACCACCACCACCCGCUCUCCCGCCUCGCCGCCGCCUCCCUCGCCCGCGCCGCGCACCUCACCCGCCCACGCCAGGGCCCCGCGCCGGCCGUCCGCGCCUCGCUCUACCCGCACUCCUACGGCGGCUACGCCUUCAUCGUCUCCCUCGGCACGCCGCCGCAGCCCCUCCCCGUCCUCCUCGACACCGGCAGCCACCUCUCCUGGGUGCCAUGCACCUCCUCCUACCAGUGCCGCAACUGCUCCUCCCUCUCCGCCUCCCCCGUCCACGUCUUCCACCCCAAGAACUCCACCUCCUCCCGCCUCAUCGGCUGCCGGAACCCCUCCUGCCUCUGGAUCCACUCUCCCGACCACCUCUCCGACUGCCGCGCCUCCUCCUCCUCCUGCGCCGGCGCCAACUGCACCCGGAACAACAACAACGUCUGCCCGCCCUACCUCGUCGUCUACGGCUCCGGCUCCACCGCCGGCCUGCUCAUCUCCGACACGCUGCGCACGCCUGGCCGUGCCGUCAGGAACUUCGUCGUCGGCUGCAGCCUCGCGUCCGUGCACCAGCCGCCGUCCGGCCUCGCCGGUUUCGGCCGUGGCGCGCCGUCUGUGCCAUCACAGCUGGGGCUCAGUAAGUUCUCCUACUGCCUCCUGUCUCGCCGGUUCGACGACAACGCCGCCGUCAGCGGCGAGCUCAUCCUCGGCGGCGCGAGCGGCAAAGACGGCGGGAGCGGGAUGCAAUACGUCCCGUUGGCUCGGAGCGCGAGCGCCAGGCCACCGUACUCCGUCUACUACUACCUGGCUCUGAGCGCCAUCUCGGUGGGCGGGAAGAACGUGCAGCUGCCGGAGAGGGCGUUCGUCGCCGGGGCGACCGGAGGAGGCGCCAUCGUCGACUCCGGCACGACGUUCACCUACUUCGACCGGACAGUGUUCGAGCCGGUGGCGGCAGCAGUGGUCGCGGCUGUGGGAGGGAGGUACAUCCGGUCGAAGGUGGUGGAGGAAGGCCUCGGCAUGAGCCCCUGCUUCGCGAUGCCGCCGGGGACGAAGACGAUGGAGCUACCAGAGCUGUCCCUCCACUUCAAAGGCGGCUCCGUGAUGAACCUCCCCGUCGAGAACUACUUCGUCGUGGCCGGACCCGCUCCGAGCGCCGGCGCUCCAGCAAUGGCCGAGGCCAUCUGCCUUGCCGUGGUGAGCGAUGUCCCGACCAGCUCAGGCGGCGCCGGGGUCCCCGGCGGCGGGCCGGCGAUCAUUUUUGGGAGUUUCCAGCAGCAGAACUACUACAUCGAGUACGAUCUGCAGAAUGAGAGGCUCGGGUUCCGGCGCCAGCAAUGCGCGUCGUCGUCGUCGUAAGCUCUGCUCCGGUAGUCCGUCCAUCCAUCGCAAUGGCGGGAGAUUAUGGCCGAGAUCGAGAUAAUUACUACUCCACGUACCUCGUGUCCGUGUAGCUCGUACUAAAGUUGAGUGAUGCUGAAGCUGUGUGUUUCCUGCAGCUUUGUACCGCUAGCCAGCAAGUAGCAGACCUUAGAAUUGAGGAUUUUAUUAACAAUAAAGUGUUUUAAUUACUUAUUACUGAAGGUGAUUAGGUCGUGUGAAUCUCCUUUUAGUACUGCAUUACGUGUAGACGCCUCGCGCGUGUGCAAUGUACUCUAAGCAUAACGAAGAAAAGACGAGGGAAAAGACGGCUGUUUGUAUCUUUUCCUUUUGGGAUUGCUUUGCUUUGGCAAAGAGAGAAAGUAUGAGAGACUACUCUCUAGCCGUUCUUUAUUUCUCCUGUGGUAUGAAUUCUCGAUAAAAUCUAAUGCAAUCUAAUCUGAUCUGAAGUGUUUGAU